AUGCCGGCGACGUACAUGGGAUUCCCUCACGACCGACGAUUCAUGCUGUUCAACGUCGCGCAGGGGAAGAACAUGGCCAUUGCCUAUUUCACUGAGAUGUGUCUGUUCACUACGGCAUUCUCCUCCUCCAAAGGCGAAGGCGGACCCAACGACAGGGUCACCGUCACCUAUACCAAGGACCACGUGUUCGAUCAUCCUGACCAGAACGUCAGCCCGGAACCGCUCCAGGUGCCCCUUGAUCCGGACACGGCGGGUCUUGAAGAAGUCGAGGUCACCAUGCACUACUCCCCCUGCGUUGGCUAUGACAUGGGCGAGGAGUACAACCGCUGGUUCAGUGAGCGUUUCGGCUAUCAAGUCAAGCUGUUUUAUAUCGGCGCCAACAGUAGGAAAGUGCUGGGUAACAUGCCUCCGAGCGCCGCCGCAGCACAGCAGCGAAAUCGCUCUGCAGGGGAAUUGAAGGGAACUUCGAGUGCAGCUUCGUGGUUGGGCAGCAUCACGUCCACAGCAACCUCUCUCGCUCGCGCCGUCACUGGCGUGGGGGAAACAGCCGAGGACCGAGAGAAAUACCCUGAGGGAGUAGAUCAGGGUAUCUCCUUUGCCGAUGUAGCGCCAUACCUCGUGAUAUCCACAAAGUCGUGGGAAAAUGCGCAGCGCCGCCUCCCAGACAACGAAGUGAUGGACAUCUCCAAGUUCCGCCCGAACAUCAUCGUCGAGGGCGCCGAGGAGGAGUUUGAGGAGGACUUCUGGGCCGAGCUCCUGAUUGGCGGCGACGACGGCGCCAGAAUCGUCCUGACCCAGAACUGCGCUCGCUGCAACUCGCUCAACGUCGACUAUUCGACCGGCAAGGUCGGCGAGGGCGAGUCGGGCAAGAUCCUCAAGAAGCUACAGAGCGACCGGCGCGUGGACCCCGGCGCCAAAUGGAGCCCGGUCUUUGGGCGGUAUGGAUUCCUCGCCAGGGUCCCCGAGGGCAAGUCCGCCGCCGAGAUCAAAGUCGGCGACGAGGUGAGGGUUGUGCGGCGGAACAGCGAGAGGACAAGAUUUGAAAGCCUUGUCGUGUAA